UGAGGCGGGCGUGGUAGCCGGAAGCUGCUUGCCGCACCUCACCUUUCUCACCUGUGGGUCUAUUUCAGGUCACUGCGGCUCCGGUUUCACGCGGAUCAACUGGUUGGACGGGUUUGCAGGACUGGGACCGCCUCAAACUCGAGUGUAUAUAAAGGGAUCCACAUCUCCAGCAGGUUAGAUCACAGAAACAAGAGGGAGAGACACGUGGAACUGCAACAAACUCCUGAGAUUUUAACUUUUCCUGCAGAAAAAGACACUCCAAACCUCCACAAAGAUGAUGAUGCAGCUGUCGGAGCCUCCCAAGCAGAAGAACUCCCUGUUCAACGCCAUGCACCGCUUCAUCGGGGCGGUGAACAACAUGGACCAGACCGUCAUGGUGCCCAGCCUGCUGCGGGACGUGCCCCUGGACCUGGACCUGGACCAGGACCGGGACCAGGACCGGGACCAGGACCGGGCCCUGGCCGCCCUGCGGUCCUCGGACCCGGAGGAGACCGACAUGUACAGCUACUACCAGCUGCUCAAGUCCAUCCGCGGCGACAUCGAGUGGGGCGUGAGGCUGAAGGAGAGGAACCUGGCGGUGACGCGUACCCACUCAUCGGCCUCCUCCUCAUCCUCAUCCUCCUCCUCAUCAGCAUCCUCGUCCUCCUCGGAGGAGGAGGAGGACGAGGAGGACCUGGAGAAGCAGUUCCAGUUCCACCUGACGGGCCUGCAGGGCGUGCUGUCCAAGCUGACCCAGCAGGCCGACUGCCUGACCCGCCGCUACACCGAGGAGGUCGGCAUCGGAGGAUGGGGGCACUAAAACCUGCAACUUAUCGCUUUCGGGCUGAACUUUUCCCCUAAAAGGCCCAAACUUCUGCUGCCGUUACUACUGAACUGAACUGAAACUGCCCCCGGGGGGGUCAAAGGUCUGCCGGCCUGCUUGGUGUCGGUGUAAAACCUCUAAAAACCGUAGAUGUGUUGAUCCUGAACAAAAGCAUCUCUGAGCUCCUACGAUUUUUGCACUGUAUUCAGGUCAAUGAUACACAGAUGAAACGACUAUUUAAGCCUCUAUUUAAUAUAUUUAUUUCUUUACGCUGCUUGAGAACGACUGGUGUUUUUUUUUUUUUCCUGAUUGGGAGACGUUUGCACCGCCGAGCCGCCUCCUCAGGGAGGAUACUGACUCAGGACUCGGCAUCGCCUCUGCGGCGGUGCUGAUGAUGUCGGUGCGCUCGGCCGGCGCCGUCUCCCUCAUGCUGUUUUGUUAUAUGUUUGUGUGUUUUUGUUUUAAGUUCUUUGUCUGGAAGGAGGCAGACGCCGACGGUAUCUGCCCGUGAUCUCCUCGUGUCCUACAUGGUCGAUGAACUGGAAUCGUAUGAUAAUUCUCCUGCAGAAUAAUGAGGGUUUCCACGAGGCCCUGCUGCCACUAAGCCUAUCUGGUAUUAACUUCAGGUCCAUCUGUCUGAAAAAAGUGUUUUAAUGUGUUUUUAACUUACUGUUUUUGUACGGAAAUGUUUCUACAAUAAAUUUUUUUUACACAUUUA